UCUGAUCAGUGUCCGAGGUUCUCCCUUUCUGUCAGCAACUCCUCCAUUACCCACGCUGCCAUCUCCUUCUCGUCUGCGACCCCUCCGUGCCACCAUGUCGUCUCUCCGGACACUGUUCCUCCUGCUGCUCAGCCUCUCCCUGGGCAUGACAGCCACCCUGGGUCUCUACAGGACCUCUUCCAGCGAGGACACCCCAGCUCCCCAAGCUCCUGUCCUGGACCCGACUCCGGUGGACCCCCUGGAGGUGGAGGGGGUGAUGGAGGACGACACCCCCGUAGCAGAGCUGACAGUGGGCCAGGAGACAGACAGUCUGGAGGAGUCUGCUGGGGGGAACUCACCGGUCGACCCUCAAACAGUACCAAGCGAGCCUGCAGCAGACAGCCCGGCCACUGACAGCCCAUUGGUCGAGGAGCCCGAUGCUGACAGUCCAUUGGUUGAGGAUCUAAUUGAAGACAUCCCUGCAUCUGAUGCUGCUGAUUCCUCUGUGGCUGAUCAGCCCGUUGCUAACAGCCCAUUGGUUGAAGACAGUCCUGCAGGGAACGCCGCUGCAGACAUCCCUGCCCCGGAGCUCCUGGCUGAGGAGGCGCUGGGCCACGAGACCCCAGGCCAGGAGGCCCCCACCCAGGGGAGCCCUGCUGAAGACGCCCCAGCGCAGGAGCCUGCUGCUGGGGAAGGCUUGGCCGUAGAGGCCCCUGUGGCUGACACCCAGGAUUACCCGAUAGAGGGCCUCCCAGAGGGCCUGGAGGCCCUGGAGCUGCUGGAGCAUGUGGAGGAGCUGGCCCCGUCCAUGCACCUGCCCAUGGUGGAGGAGUCUUCCUGGGGCCUGGGCUCCAUCAGAAACAGCUUCCAGGCCGUCAACGGCUACUUUGACUCCUUGGUGGAGAUGGUGGGGGGGCGCGACGGUGUGUGCCAGUACCGCUGCCGACACGGUAAAGAGCCUGUCCCCCGGCCAGGCUACAAGGUCCCUGAGCCCAACGGCUGCAGCAACUCCAUACUGGGCUUCCAGGUAGCGGACACCCUGGACCUGGGCAUCCCUGCCAUGACGCGCUGCUGUGACCAGCUGGACUCCUGCUACGACUCCUGCGGCUCCAGCAAGGCCCACUGCGACUCCAAGUUCCGCUGGUGCGUCCACGCCAUCUGCACCGACCUGAAGAGGAGCCUGGGCUUUGUGUCCAAGGUCCAGGCAUGUGAGUCCAUGGCAGAUGCCCUGCACAACACGGUUGGGUCCUUGGGCUGCAGGUCGUACAUGAGCAGCCAGAGGGAGGCCUGCUACUGCGAGGAAGAGGAGAAGGAGGAGCUCUAGAACACCUGCUGGGACUGCAGCAGUGUGAGGGUGUGUGUGUGUGUGAGGGUGUGUGCGUGUGUGUGUGUAUGAGGAUGGCUCUCUCACUGGACUACAUACCGUACAAGACCGUGAUUAUUACAUGUUAUUGUAGAGAACGUUAUCAACAAUGUUUAAAAUCAUUAUCUCGGAAACUGUGACAGUGUAGUACACAGCAUAUUCUAUUCUUAUUUUCAAGUUGUCUCUCGUGGUGUUUUCUGUUUCUGCCUCAGAGACCAGUAGGGGGCAGGGCUGCAGCUCCACUGAACCUGAAAGUCACCAUUCACAUAUGCUGCUUAAUACUUGGGGUGAACUUGAUUUGUUUCACCCACUGGAAUGAAAGCAAGGAACUAGUCACAUAAGUGCCAACUAUGAGGCACAUCAAACGCACCUCAGGUACGUCUGAAUGGCUGGCCAGCAUGGUGCUCUGAUAGAGGCUCAGCAGCCUCUGGUUAGAAUGGAGAACCUUCAGAAACAUAACAUUAGUGUCCAUGGCGACGUGGGCGGAACAGCGUGGGUGCUGCGGCGUGGGCGGAGUGGAGGGGGGGCUUCGGGGUUUUCUCAAAAGCCCUGAAUCUUUACGGGUUGUAAUUUUCGGGAAAUAUGACAAUAUGAGUCCAACGUAAUGUGUAUAUUACAGAAAGCUCCAAAAACAAUUUUGCAAUCAAAUUAAUGCAACAAAAAAAGAUGCGCUCUCGCAUUACCUGUAGAGGUUCCUAUCUGAACUCACAUUAACCCUUGACCAGGUGCUAGGUUGGGGCUCCGCCCCUGAUCCUUGGUACUGUGUUACAUAAAUGAGUACUGUGUAAUGGUGUUUACACACACAGACAAGCUCUCACUCACUCACACAC